UUUACUUUGAUCGGAACAUUUGCCAUUGCAUGUCGCAUUCUUACGAUUGUUCAACGACGGAGAAAGAUUGGAUAUGAUGAUCAUGCCAUGUUCAUGGCGUAUGCGUGUUCGCUCGCGUUCACGACGGCGGUUUUUGUCUCGGUGAGGUGGGGUGUGGGAUUGGAUUUGCCGGAUGUGCCUGUCAAUUGGGCUGUCAAGGCUGUACAGGGGAUUUAUUCCGAUGAGAUAUUCUAUUACAUGACCAUCUUCUUCGUGAAGUUGUCCUUGAUCCUCUUGUAUCUUCGGCUUGCGGCUGAGUUGAGAGGAUGGUUCUAUUACGCCAGUGUCUCGUUACUGGUGAUUUUAGUGCUGCACUUCAUGACGACCUUGACGGUCGUUGCGACUCAAUGCAUUCCCAUUGAGAAGUACUGGUCACCCAGCACUCCAGGAAACUGCAUCGAUAUCACUGCUUUCUACUAUUCUACCAGCAUCUUCACCAUCAUCACCGAUGUGAUUAUGAUCGCACUUCCCAUUCCCCUCAUCUGGAAAAUCCCACGCGAGCGUCGCCAGAAAAUCGGCAUCCUCGCUGCCUUCCUCGUAGCCGGGAUUGGAACCCUCGCCAGCUGCAUCCGUCUCUUCUCGAUCAAGAUUUUCACCGAAUCCCCCCAGCCCAUGCGAGACGCCGCUCCCAUCAGCACCUGGUCCUUUAUCGAAAUCAACCUCGGGAUCCUAUGCGCAUCUUCCGCCGUCAUCAAACCCGUCUUCUCCAAA